UCUGUGUCAGGUGACUACCACGGGACGGCCGUAAUAAUCCUCCCAUGCUCCACUUGGCCAGAGCAUAUAAAGCACUGAUGGGCUUGAGCUCUGUGAAUAUGCAUGUAAUUUGUAGACACAAGCUAUUAUAGACCUCCAGCCGUUACCGAUAUGCUCAGAACCGCAUGUAAUCAUUAAAAACACAUUUACUUGUGAUUAGUGAGGUGCUGUGGCAUUUGAGGGAGACACUGAGAAACUCAGAGAAGAUCCUGCAGAUAUGAGGAGAUCGAUUGUGUUGGCUGUGAUUUACAGUCUUGGAUGGAUUUACCUGACCGAGGCUCAGUUUCCCCGAGUCUGCUGCACCGUGGAGGCCAUCGUGUCCAAAGAGUGCUGUCCCGCACUGGGAUCGGAUCCGGAGAACGUGUGCGGGGUUCUGUCCGGCCGCGGAAACUGCAGCGAGGUCCAUGUGGACUCCAAACCCUGGGGAGGACCGUACAGGUUAAGAAACGUGGACGACCGGGAGAGAUGGCCGACUAAGUUUUUCAAUCGGACCUGUCGAUGCUUUGGUAACUUUGCUGGUUAUAACUGUGGCGAGUGUAAAUUCGGCUGGACGGGGCCGAGCUGUGACCAGCGCAGGGCUGCCAUUGUGAGGAAGGACAUUCACUCUCUGAGCCCCGCUGAGCUGCAGGAGUUCCUGGACGUCCUGGAUCAGGCCAAAACCACCGUCCACCCUGAAUACGUCAUCGCCACACAGCACUGGCUGGGCCUGCUGGGACCCAACGGUACCGAGCCCAACAACAUCUCCAUCUACGACUUCUUCGUCUGGCAGCACUAUUACUCUGUCCGAGACACAUUACUAGGUCCAGGACGUCCUUUUAAAGCCAUCGACUUCUCCCACAAGGGUCCGGCGUUCAUCACCUGGCACAGAUACCAUCUGCUCAGUCUGGAGAGAGAGCUACAGAAACUCACAGGUAACGAGAACUUCGCUGUCCCGUACUGGAACUUUGCGACAGGACGGACGGAGUGUGACGUGUGCACAGACUCUCUGCUCGGAGGACGGGACCCCACUGACCCGUCCCGUAUCAGCCCACGCUCCAGGUUUGCCCGCUGGGGAGUGGUGUGUGACAGUCUGGAUGAAUAUAACCUUCUGGUGACCUUGUGUAACGGGACCAGCGAGGGAUCUCUGCGCAGAGGAGUCAUGGAGAGCACUAACGUGACGUUACCAACCAUGAAUGACGUCAGAAGCUGCCUGAACCUCAGAGACUUUGACAGUCCACCGUACUUCACCAACUCCAGCUUCAGCUUCAGGAACGCGCUGGAAGGAUACGACAAGCCAGAUGGAGAGCUGGACAGCUCUGUGUCCAAUCUGCACAACCUGGUUCACCUGUUCCUCAACGGGACCAGCGCUCUGUCCCACUCCGCCGCCAACGACCCAAUCUUUCUGGUGCUUCAUACAUUCACCGAUGCCAUAUUUGAGGAAUGGAUGAGACGUUCCCGUGAAAACGCCAGCUUCCCAGAUGAGAUGGCUCCUAUUGGACACAACCGGCAUUAUAACAUGGUCCCGUUUUUCCCACCUGUGACCAAUGAGGAGAUCUACGUCGCAUCUGAACAGCUGGGAUAUUCCUACGCCAUUGAACUUGAAGAAACAGACAGCAGGCCGGUCAUGUUUCUGCUGGGCAGCACACUGGGAGGAAUCUUCCUCGGUCUGCUCCUGCUGCUGCUUCUGUCGGUGCUGUAUGUGCAGCAGAGGAAAAGACGCGAGUUCGAGCCUCUCCUGAACACAGAGUUCACCACCACAAAAUACACAGAGGACGCGUAAUUCACAUCCACACACAUCAGCAGCCCUGUCCCAAAUCCUCAUGCUCUGAAAUGAAAUGGUUUUGGAACAGAUCCAGUGCAUGCAGAGCAAAACACAUGAAGAUGAUUGCAAAAAUACACUAAAUCACAAACUCUGUUGAUGGUUAGAGAGGAGCAAUGAUUCAACGCGUCUGCUGAAUUGUAUCAGCCGCCAUGAAAUGUAUAAUAAGCACUUGAACAUGCAAAUGAGAAAGCACAUAUUUAUAUACGCUACAGUUCAAAAGUUUGGGAUUAGUAAGAUUUUUUAUUCAGCAAGGAUGCAUUAAAUUGAUAAAAAGUGA